AUGUCUUCCCCAAAAUCCCGUGCCCAGUCUUCCUCUGUUUCAGUUCCUCCUGAUUACAUUACUGGGACUGGGAUUGACAGACAUGCAAUAAAGGUUAGGAGCAAGCUUCAUCCUUUUGCCCAGAAGAACCUAGAUGAAAAUGUCCUUCAACUGUUCGAGAAUACCUUGGUGCUGGGGCCUCACUGGUUUGGUCAUGUUCCUCCCGAGAUGGCAUAA